AUGCUUGCGUUUAAAAAUAUUAGCGCAAUUUUACCAAAACGUCUUCCUUCAAGACUCUUUAUUAUAAGACAAAGCUCUGCUUUCCGUCUGAUUUUAAAGAACGGAGAUCUUGCCAAACACUUAGUCGGACCAGUAGCUGUACCGCUGCAACUCCGUCUGUCAGCGUGUAAAGAAUGCGGACUCUUUUCUUGUAGACCCUCUGUGAGGUUUCUCUCCGAGAAAAAAUCCAAUGAUAAAAAGGCAGAAGGAUCGUCUGUCUUUCAAGAGCUGGUUGAGUCCCGCGAGCAACCACAGACACAGCUGACGGUGGGAGCAAAAGGUAAAAAUGAGUGUAUAAUAGUUGGGUAAUUUCCGUACUAUUUCCGGUAGAUUUGCGCCGCAUACGAAACUUAAUUUCUGGGAAAGACCGACUGCGAGCUCCAGCUCCGAAAUCUUUAUUCUGACCCCCAGCUGUGGACCAAGAUUUGCGCAUGCAGCAUGGUUGGCUAAAAAUGACAUUUUUCUGGGGGAUGAAGGGAAAUUCAAAUUCACCUCCAGUUAUUUAUUGUGUCUGUUGGGGGACCAGAACAAUGAUCUUGGCGCUGCUUCGCAGAUGUUACCAACCUGGGUUUAGAUUAUGCUUGUGACGCAAGCUACAUUUGCGAACAUACGGUUGGCGUUAAAGUUUGGGUCAGUCUCACUUGCUUAAAGCUGUAUGCAUCUAGUGUAGUGACUUCGCCAACAUCUUGAGUGACAUCAGCUAUUGUGAGAAUAUGUUAGAGGACCUUGAAUAAGUAUAACAGAAAUCCAAAAGCCCCGUCAUUAGAUACCACAACAUUGAAUCACAUCGUAGAUUAAACCUGCUAUACUGCAGGUGUAGAUAAUAAUAAUUAUUCAAUAUCCCACAUUAAAACUCAAUUACCAAAAUACUGCUUGAAAAUACCUCAAUACUGCAAACCCUGAUGUCCCUCUCAGAAAAGGUGUUUUCCUUUUGAAAGUUUUACAUGUAUUUGUGUGGUUCCUUUUUGGUGUGAAAUCUCAAAAUUAGCAUCAUCAAAGGAUGUGGAAUAAGUAGUCGAACAUAAUAUAAACGCCAUAUCAAACUUGAAUUAGCAACAAUUUACCCUAGUUGCUACUUCCCCAUAGCACAUGUGUACAUCACAUUGCCUCUAACAGUCCGGAUGGUCGCCCUGUACUCUUGCUUUCCCCUGGUGAACUUUUAUGAUGUCGUGCUUUUGUAUCCCUACAUGCAGAUGAUAAGAGAUGAACAUUCUUCAAUAACAAUACAUUAGAAUCCUGACUUUUUCAACCACCUUUGGAAAAGCAAAUUGUUUUGAAUUAUCGGAAGGUUUAAAAAAUAUUUAAAAGUGAGGGCUCAAAAAACAAGGAAUCUACUGUAUUUAAACUACCAAUGAGGUCCGGCAUGUUAUGGAGGAAUGUUACUUUUUUCAUUUGAGGAUGUAAAUGUUUGGCUCUCCUAGAUGCAAUCUUCAAAGUGCUAUAUAUUGUCCGUAUUUUUAAAAAUUGCACCCAUUUAUGUCCUCCUAUUUUCAUCAUAAUCUCAAUUAUUUUGAUUACUACUCUGAUUCCAGUUGUUCAAGCUGGAAAAGAUGUAAGCUACUUUGGUAUUAUUCUUAUUGGCUUUGCAAUUACUGGUAAGUUCUCAAGUUAUUAUUUUUUUUUAUACCGCAAUUUUCAGUGUUUGGUUUGUAAAAUUAACCAGACGAGUAGAACUCAAUUAAACCAAAGCUAUUGACUUGAUUUAAAAUUACAUUCAAUUUGCAUCUCUACUGGCAGGAUAUUAAAAUUUGCUGUGGGUUAUUAACAUGUAACAAUACCCCAUAAUUAAUGAUAAUAAAUAACAAUUACUCACUGAAGUGGAGGUGGCUAGUGGUAGCAAUUUACCAAGCCAUGAAGCAUAUACUAAAACAGUGAGAUAAUUAAACACAAACAUUAUGAUUUUUAACUCAUUUAUUGCUUGCAAAAUUACAAUGGGCAAUUGGCCAAACAGCUAACCAAUUUUCUUUCCAGCAAAUAAAACUUUUGAACGCAUUUGUUUACCUCUUGCGGGGCCAUUUCUUCAAAAGAAGUUGUUAAUCUUUCUGUAUUUGAAACUAUUCUAUAAAAAAACAUUUUACUUUACUUGUAAGCUUAUUUAUUAACAUGUGAGCAAAAUAAAGUAGCUAAGGACAAAAUCUGCAUUUAAAAACAAAAAACUUUUUCAGUAAAUUUUGGUUUCAUCGAUAAAUGUAGGUUCAACCGACUAAGUUUUACCAGUAAAACCUGCAAACUGAAUUUUGUCACCCUCUUUGUGUUUUCAUGAACAGCUUCUUACAGUUUAUAGUAAAAUUGAUUUUACUUAAGUAAACCAGGAAGCCAUGCAUUUUGCUUGUAACUUAUGCGAGUUUAGCAUCACUCCAAUGUGAAUAGCACUGUAUAUCCCAAGUUUGAGUAGCCAAUUGAUAAGAGCAUGUGAAAAACACUAUCCAGUGGUUUAGUAUAUACUUAACAGUUAAUGAAUGAGGCUGAGUAUCUUAUGAAGAAUUAUGGAGAUCGAGGGGGGUGUUAUCCGUCAAGGCCGUAAGCCGAGGCGGAUAACACCCUCCGAGAUCUUCAUAAUUCUUCAUAUUAUACAAAAGCCGAAUUCAAUAACUGUUUUAUUAUUCAUUCAAAAUAAUUCCUAGUUUAAAAACAUAGCUAAAACAUGCUUACCUCCAUCGAUCUAUCGAUGUUCAGUUCAUCUUCGAUAGUGUACGUUUAGGUUUGUCCAGCUCCGCAAAUAUUCUCCAAAUAACAAAUGUCGCCCUUCGAGUUGUCUUCUUGCUGUUCUUGCCAUGUUUUUAGCUAUUUUUCGCCUAGUUCUUACUCUUGAAACGACUGAAAUGUCCGCCAUUUUUUGAAGUUCAAAACCAAAAAAAACUUAACCUCGUCCCCAGUCUUCUCGGUCAACGGUGCCUUAACCUCGGAAAACGCUGCAUUUUUGACGUCAUUUCCUCGUUAAAGUCAAAUUUUUCCAAAUUUGGUCAUCAGUAACUGGUUAUGGUGAAUUAAACGUGUGCUUUUAGCCAAUCAGAAUCGGGGAAAUAUUUUGAAUGAAUAAUAAUAUUAUAUAUUCACCGCGCUAGGCGGUGAAUGUAAAGCAGAACAAAAUCGCUGUCGUGAAAUGGGUGUUUUGCCAAAGUUUUAUAGUAAAGCCUUUUUUAAAAUACACGAAUAUCCAAGUGCUGAUGACUUUCAAGGCAAGAAAAGACUUCAUGGCGUUUAAACAGCGUGAUUUGUUGCGAAGCGGUUUACUGUAGCUGACUUUUGUACGCUCGAAGCUAUGUUUACCACUACAGAGGAAAACGAGGUCGCUUUGUCACUGUUUUGAAUGUUCAGUUCAUCUUCGAUAGUGUACGUUUAGGUUUGUCCAGCUCCGCAAAUAUUCUCCAAAUAGCAGAUGUCGCCCUUCGAGUUGUCUUCUUGCUGUUUUUGCCAUAUUUUUGGCUAUUUUUUCACCUAGUUCUUACUCUUGAAACGAGUGAAAUGUCCGCCAUUAUUUCAAGUUCACAACCAAAACAACUCAACCUCGUCCCCAGGUCUUCUCGGUUAAUGGUGCCUUAACCUGCGAAAAUGCUGCAUUUUUGACGUCAUUUCCUCGUUAAAGUCAAAAUUCUUACAAAUUUGGUUAUCAGUAACUGGUCAUAGUGAAUUAAUCGUGUGCUUUUAGCCAAUCAGAAUAGGGGAAAUAUUUUGAAUGAAUAAUAAUGAUUAUUAUUGCACAAAAUGUUUUGUAACCUGGCUGACCCAAAACGCUUAAGUCACACAAGUAAUCAAAGUGACACUAGUCACCCAACUCAUGCUACUCACCAUAGUCAACCAAGUCACCCAAGUCACCCUAGCCACCCCAAGUCACCCUAGUCACUUAAGUCACCCCAGUCACCCUAGUCACCUAAGUCACCCUAGUCACUUAAGUCACCCUAGUCACCCAAGUCACCCUAGUCACUUAAGUCACCCUAGUCACUUAAGUCACCCUAGUCACCCAAGUCACUUUAGCCACUCAAGUCACACUAAUCACCCAAGUCACCCGAGACACCUGGGUCACCCAAGUCACUUAAGUCACUCUAAUCAUCCUAGUCACUCAAGUCACCCUUUUCACCUAACUCACCCAAGUCACCAUAGUCACCCUACUCACCCAAGUCACCCAAGUCACCCCAGUCACCCAAGUCACCCCAGUCACCCAUGUUACCCUACUGACCCAAGUUACCCACAUUGGCCAUGUCACCCAAGUGACCUAAAUUCUAAAAGUCACCCAAGUUACUCAACUCACCCAACUGACCAUUUAAUGAAUCUACAAUAUUUUUCAAAAACCCUUCCCAGAAUUAAGAUCCGUGAUGGUUAUAUUUUGUUCAAUAUUGUUUACCACUGGCUUUUUAAAAAAAAUCAAUUUCCUAACAAGAGGUAAUGUUUUCUCUCCUUUUUCUUAGGUGCACUGUUAUGGUUCUUAGUAAGUGAGUUAUUUUUGGGCUUCAGUCCCAACAGGGUUUAUGCACAUGCUUUGAAGAAGGUUAAAGCAAAUGCUGAGGUAAGCGUGAAGACAGUCAUGCAGUUGCUGUCUUUUUUUGGUAAAAGAGAGAAUCCGGGCAGCUGUACAUGGGCUAUAGAACACAAGCUAUUUUUGAUCCUUGCCAGUAUUAUAGGGACACCCAAUGACGAUUUCCUUCUAAAUACACUAAACAGUUUUUAGGCUGUCCAGGGUGCUUUUAGACCUUUACAAAUGAGAGCUUUAAUAGCGUCUCUAUACAAUUUGUGUCUGUUCAUCCUAGGGGAACUGAAGUCUUUUUCGAAAUUGCAAGGGCUGUGCAAGUAUUAUUUUCCCAAAAAUUGUAGAUGCAGUUUAGUGCGUUACGAAAAUGAAAAUUUUUUAAUCCAAAAAUUUUAGGUUUCUUUUUCCUACAAAAUUAAUGGUCUAGCCUGGGGUGUGAAAUGUGAAAAAUUAAACUUCAGAAAAUUGUAGGGAAUUUAUUAUUACAAGCUUCGAAAAUUGUACCUGAAUGGAACGGUCAUCUAGAACUUUUAAGUUGUCCUCAAGAGAUAGAAAAUUCUAGGCAAUAUUUGCUUCUCCGAACAGAUAUUUUACAGAAAGCAGUCGUCGGGUGCCCCUGAGUAUUACUGCUUUCUGUUGGGAAUUAGGUAUAAUUACUAAAAGCACUCUCUUUUGUUAGCAUCAUUGCUCAUUAUUUCUAGCAAUAUUUCUCCUGGUUUUUAGGAAGAUUGCUCUUUAUUUGCUCUCAUUUUUGUUUCCUGUUGGUAAGCUUCAUCUGUUAAGCAUUAUUUUUAUCCAGUGCUUCUCAGUGACAUUAUGGCCAUUAAUUUAAUGUUUCUUACUUUUGCAGGUUGUUGAAGCAAUUGGAGAACCAAUAAUGGGGCAUGGAGAAACAACAUCAAGAGGAAGAAGGAGGCAUGUUAGGUAGGGUACACUGUCAGCUACUAAAUGGAGACUAAGUUUGCAUUUUAAUAUACCUGCCAACUUUUUCUGAGAUAUAAGCGUGAGAUUUUUAUCCUGGGAGUGCUGGGAUUUUUGAAGAUGACAAGAUCAUUUCCGAAGAUUCCUGAAGACGUCCGAAGUGUGCCGAAGGCGAGGUUAUUGAGUCACAGUCUUAGGAUGCGUAUAAAUGCGAGCAUGCUCCCAGUGCUUUUCACUUCCAAAAUCAGAGAUCGCGAGGAAGGUAUUGUCAUGUAUUCAUUUUACACAUGGUUUUCGUUCCUUACAUGGGUCUGAGUUAACAUAUUUUUGGAAAUUGUGUCAAGCAAGACAGCUACAACUCACAUUUUUCAAUCAGGCGUGAGAAAUUGGCCCGCAAGCGUGAGCCGGCGUGAGAUCGAAGUUUUCAACCCGCAGGCGUGAGACUCACGCCUAAGGCGUGAGAGUUGGCAGGUAUAUUUUAAUAGUAACCAUCACUGCUGAAGAUAUUGUCUGUAAACCCAAUUUUAAUGACUGUUUCUCUCACUAGUGAAGUGCAGCACAUUUUUUUUUACAGUUUAAUAUGGAUAAAGUACUAACCAGGCCCCGGUUGUUCAAAGGCAGAAUAGCGCUAUCCACCGGAUAAAUCUCUAUCCAGCGGAUAGCGUAAUUGAUUUCCGUGAUACUUAUAUACGGGAUAGUGAUUUAUCCGGUGGAUAGCACUAUCCAACGUCUGAACAAUGGGGGCCAGGUCCUUUUUUGUUGAGCAUUUAAAGUACUAAUAAGAUUAACAGCUGAUAUUCACAUGAUCACUUUGAUUGCUGGAAAUAAGGUCAGCGUCUUAGCUAUUACAUUGAAACAACUCAAUCGCUUGACUAACCUCGUUUUCAGUUGUUGGUAGAAUUAUCUGUGGUGGUACAACCUCAUGUUAAUGCGAUUGCCUCUUAAUUCUCUCUUUUGUACUGGGAUUUUCCCCCUUAUGCAAAAUGGUAUUUUGCUGAAAUAAGCACAAUUUCCAUAAAGGCAGUAUCAAUUGAAAGUAGUAUUCAAUCAAAGGCUUGAGUACCAAUCACAUGACCGUAUGAUGGUCUGUUAAAAUGAUGCAACAGGUAAUUCUGAUAUAGAGUCUGGUAGGCUCCUCAUAUAUUUUUAAGGCUGUUUGGAUUUGUGGAUGUUUUAUUAUUUCAUUGCCAUUCCUUUAUGAUACAGUUACCAAGAGUAUUUAGUGGAAGGUGAAAACUAUAUGCGGGUCAAGUUUUAUGUUAAAGGAUCAAAAAGAAAAGGGACAGUUCAUGCUGAUGUAAAACAGGUAACUCUGUAAAUGGAGUGAGUGACACUCAGUGCCCACUCCUUCAUACAGCAAUGCACAUAAUAGGUAGUGAAAAAUGGAGAAAAGCAUAAUUUGGGAAGUGGGAAGAGUGAGGCUGGACAAAGGGAUUGCCUUAAAUCAUUUUUCCAUGCACUGCAAAUGCCCUGAGUUUUCAAUAAUCAAUAAUGGCAGAAGCUGGUUGGGAGGAGGAGGAGGAUAAGGAGCCCCCUCUGUUGGAUUUUUUAGCAACUACCUCAUACAAAAUAAUGAUUUUACUGCCUGCAUUUAGAACUUUUUCCUUAGUAUCACUUUACAAUACUAUUUUCCAUCUAAACUCCUUCUCCUUUUCCUUGGUGUGAAAAAUUAUUUUUUAUUGAAAUUAAGUCAUCUUACGAAAGAGCACUUCUGCCCGCAGUUAGGCAAACAUGUUUGCCAUCUGAUGACAUAUGAACCCCCACCAUAAUUUCACAGAUUUUUUAAUGGCAAUUGUUCAACCCAGUAGCAUAGCCAUUUAUGCAGGAUACCUAUUUUAAUGGCUACGGAUAGAAAUAAGUUACCUGUACCUCCACAUGUAAGCGGUCAUUAUUAAAAUAAUUUUGUUUUACAGACAUACAGUAUUUGAAAUAAUUGGACAGAAUAUGCAAAUUCUGUAAAUUUUUCACAGAAAUGCAUUGUUUUCUUUUAUUUCAGGGAUCACGUGGCAAUUUUGACUAUCGCUUCAUCUUUGUAGAACUUUCACCUUAUGAAACAAUAGUUGUCUUGGACAAUCGAUGA